CAGGCGCGGUGGCGCGCGUAAGCCAUUCGUUAAGUUGCCCGUGCGAUCGAACCAUCUCGGCAACCGCCCGCGAGAAACUCUAGUAGGUAGAUGUACCUUCCGGUUUGCUAUAAUUUUGAUUUUACUUAUUGUUUUUAUGUGUGAUUUGUUAGUAUGGAAAGGAAGCGAAAAAUCAACAGUGAAUGCAGAACGUUCCAAGAUAAACGGAACUUUCAGUAUUUUGUGAUCAAGUCCAGUAAUAAGGCGCUAUGUUUAAUUUGUAAUGAAACCAUAGCUGUUCUCAAAGAAUAUAACAUUAAACGACACUAUGAAUCGAAUCUUCUUCAAAAUUACUCCAAGUAUACGGGAAGUUUGCGGACGGAAAAAUUUGAAGCUUUGAAACGCGGACUCAAAUCGCAGCAAUCUUUGUUUACCAAAGCGAAUACUGAACAAGAGUCUGCAACUCGCGCCAGCUUUCGUGUGGCUCUUGAAAUUGGAAAACGUGGCAAACCAUUCACCGAUGGAGAAAUAGUAGGGGAGCCCACGAUGCUAAAUCGGGAUUUACUCGAGCGUCAUAGAGACCUAUUGGGUUGCGAAGCUUAGAUGAUAACAAAAAAAAAAUUCAUAUAAUAUAUACCUUUUCAUCGGUGGGGGAAGCGGCUAUAGCUUUUUAAAAAUGUAAAAAAAAAACUGUUGUAUGAACGUACUCGAGCGCGUCAGAUAUUUAUAUCAUCCAUGUCCUACGCAUUUUUAAAAACUGUCGUAUGUUAAUCUGAUCGUUUCCAUGAUGGGGGUGGUUAUACGUGAGGGUUGAAAAUGAAAAAAAAAAAUUUAUCGAGCGCGUCAGAUUUUUUGAGGGGAUGUCAAGUGAACCUAAAAAAAAGCUCUCAUAUAAUAAUCUGACGAUUUGGAUGUGACGCAAACGCGUGACCAUUAUUAGAAUGUGCAAAAAAAAAUCGCCAUUUUGAAAUACU